UGCAUACAUAUAUAAAUAGCUAAUUGUAUAUCCUUGAUUGGCAUUCAGAGCUGAAGAUGGCAUUAUCUGAGGAGGGUAAUAGUGUCUUUAGGAGCACUCCUAAUUCUUUUCUUGGUGUGAUGGAUGAAGUGAUCAAUAAACCUGAAAUAAUGGGAAUACCAGAAUAUUUUAUUCGAUCAAAUAAAGAACCUUCCAUUCUAUCAAAUGAUGAAACCAAUCCCUUACCAACAAUUCCCAUCUUUGACUUUCAAACCUUGCUAUGUGAUGAUGGAAUACAACUUCACAACUUGCACUCAGCAUGCAAAGAUUGGGGCUUUUUUCAGUUGGUGAACCAUGGUGUUAGCUCUGAAUUGCUUGAGAAGCUAAAACUUGAGAUUGGGAAUUUUUUCAAGCUUCCAUUAGAAGAGAAAAGAAAAUACCAACUAAAACAAGGGGAUUUUCAAGGAUAUGGAACUGUAAUUAGAUGUGGAGGUCAAAAACUUGAUUGGGGUGAUAGAUUCUUCAUGAUUACAAAUCCUAUUGAAAGAAGAAAACCAAAUCUUUUUCCUCAACUCCCACCAUCACUAAGGGAUACCUUGGAGACAUAUAUCUCAAAAUUGCAAAAGCUUGGCAUGACACUUCUUGGAUUAUUAGGAAAAGCUAUUAAGAUGGAUAUGAAAGAAGUGGAGAAGAUAUUUGAUGAUGGAAAUCAAUCAGUGAGGAUGACAUACUAUCCACCAUGUCCACAACCAGACCUUGUUGAUGGAAUCAACCCUCACUCUGAUGGCUCUGGCAUAACCAUCCUUAAUCAAGCUAAUGGUGUUGAAGGACUAGAGAUCAAGAAAAAUGGUCUUUGGAUUCCUAUUACCUUUCUUCCAGAUGCUUUUGUAAUUAAUAUUGGAGAUAUUAUGGAGAUUGUAAGCAAUGGAGUGUACAGCAGCAUAGAACAUAGGGUUACAGUAAACAAAGAAAAGGAAAGAUUUUCUAUUGGUAUGUUCUUCAACCCCAAAUUUGAAGCAGAGGUUGGUCCUGCAAAGAGUUUAAUAAGUUCUGAAAAUCCACCUUUAUUCAAAACCUUGUUGAUGGAAGAUUACAACAAAUACUUUUUUUCUCGAAAUCUCGAUGGGAAGACAAACUUGGAGAGAAUGAGGAUUAAAGGUUUUGAUAUAAAAGAUUAAGAGUUGACUAUCUUAUGAAUAUAUUAAUGUGUUUUAGCAUGUUGUAUAUCAUGUGCUACUAGAUGCUAUAAGGGGUGAAGUGUGAACAAAUAUUUAUGAACCUUUAUUAAUAAUUUGAUUAUGUAUACUACAAAAAUAAAGAUAACUCAUUUUUUU